AUGCGAAAACAAUUGGAUCCUCGUAUACCAAUUCUCAUCAAUAACAAUGUUACGAAGAACCAUCGGUCAUUCAUAGUUCUGGUUGGAGACAAAGGAAGGGACCAGAUCGUGAACCUGCACUUCCUCCUUUCGCAAGCACGGGUCUCUGCUCGUCCUUCGGUCCUAUGGUGCUACAAGAAAGACCUGGGAUUCACUACACAUCGUAAAAAACGCGAGGCCAAGAUAAAACGCGAUGUAAAACGCGGAAUUCGUGAGCCAAACGACCAAAAUCCAUUCGAAAUCUUUGUCACAGUGACGGACAUACGAUACACGUAUUACAAGGAAUCACACAAAAUCUUGGGGAAUACCUACGGAAUGUGUGUUCUCCAGGACUUCGAGGCCAUAACUCCAAAUCUACUAGCGCGAACAAUAGAGACGGUAGAGGGAGGAGGGUUGAUCGUGUUACUUCUCAAGACAAUGUCGUCACUGAAACAGUUAUACACGAUGACCAUGGACGUGCACGCCCGAUAUCGUACUUCGUCGCAUGAUUCUGUGAUUGCACGAUUCAACGAACGGUUCAUCCUAUCCCUCGGUUCAUGCUCUGACUGCUUGGUCCUUGAUGACGAGCUCAAUGUUCUGCCCAUUUCGCGGGGUAAAGACAUUUCCCCUAUUGAAGAAGGACGAGGCAAAGGCAAAGCGGACAACGAGCUCAAGGACUUGAAAGACAAUUUAGCCGAUACUAAACCUGUCGGUGAUCUCGUCAAACUGGCGAAAACACUAGACCAGGCCAAGGCAAUCCUCACGUUCGUUGAUGCGAUCGCAGAGAAGACAUUGUCAUCUACGGUGACGCUCACAGCAGGUAGAGGUCGCGGGAAGUCUGCUGCACUUGGACUUGCUAUUGCUGCUGCGCUCGCCCACGGUUAUUCAAAUAUCUUCGUUACAAGUCCAAGUCCAGAAAACUUGAAGACCCUUUUCGACUUUGUAUUCAAGGGCAUGGAUGCUUUGGGCUACGAGGAGCAUCUAGAUUAUGAUAUCGCUCAAAGUACGAAUCCUGACUUCAACAAAGCUAUCGUCAGAGUGAACGUCUUCCGGAAUCACCGCCAGACCAUUCAGUACAUCCAACCCCAAGACGCCCAUGUACUUGGCCAAGCUGAACUCGUCAUCAUCGAUGAAGCGGCAGCCAUCCCCCUCCCUCUCGUAAAAAACCUGAUUGGUCCUUACCUCGUGUUCAUGGCCUCAACAAUCAAUGGCUAUGAAGGUACCGGUCGCUCUCUUUCUCUCAAACUCAUCCAACAGCUACGCGAAAGCACGCGUCCUUCUCUCACGAAAGACGUCACCAACGCCGGAGCUGAAGAUGAUGCGGCGGGUGUAGCAUCUCCGUCCAAGAAAGCUACCCACAAAGCACCGCCUCGCGUUCGUUCACUUCGAGAAAUCAAGUUGGAGACACCAAUCCGAUACGCCCCUGGUGACCAGGUCGAGAAGUGGCUGAACAGCUUGUUGUGUCUCGACGCCUCGAUCAUCCCAAAGUCUGCGCAUCAAGGGUGUCCACAUCCAUCGUCGUGCGAGCUCUUCUAUGUCAGCAGAGACACCCUUUUCAGCUACCACCCCGCAUCAGAGCUGUUCCUCCAACGCAUGAUGGCUCUUUACGUUGCUAGUCACUACAAAAAUCAACCGAAUGAUCUACAACUCAUGUCGGAUGCGCCAGCACACCAUCUUUUCGUCUUGCUACCGCCGAUCAAGGAUGACGAAAGUCAUCUACCUGAACCCCUGGUGGUUCUCCAGGUAGCGUUAGAGGGGAAUAUUAGCAAGGACGCGAUCUUGGAUGGCUUGAAUCGCGGUUAUAGAGCUGGCGGAGAUAUGAUCCCAUGGUUGGUCUCCCAGCAGUUCCAAGAAAGCAAGUUUGCUCUCCUUUCGGGCGCACGUGUUGUCCGUAUUGCUACUCAUCCGGAUUACGCCAAUAUGGGCUACGGUGCUCGCGCAUUGCAAGCCUUGAACUCAUUUUACAGCGGCGAAUAUUUCAACUUGGACGAAACACCUAUAGAUGAGCCAUCCUACCCAAAUGUGGCAAAGGUGGAUCCUUCCGCAACUCUCCUUACGGACAACCUGGCCAUCCGAGCGCCAACAGCGAUGCCUCCCCUCCUUCAAAAGUUAACGGAACGGAAACCCGAGCAGCUUGACUAUCUAGGGGUUUCGUACGGCUUAACCCCACAACUCCUCCGCUUCUGGAAGCGUUCCGGAUAUGUGCCACUAUACGUGCGACAGACAGCGAGUGAGCUUACUGGCGAACACACAUGUGUGAUGGUUCGUGGGCUGAAUAGCUCCACGGAAGGCGAGUUAGAAUGGCUAACAGAGUUCACCAAAGACUUCCGACGCCGGUUCUUGUCCCUCCUGUCCUUCAAGUUCCGGGAAUUUGCUAGUGUGACUGCAUUGAGCGUGCUCGAGGCUGCCAACACUGGUCUAAAAAAAGCUGACGACAGCCAGACGAAAGGUGAGCUCACUUCAACCGAACUAUCUUUCCUUCUAUCGCCAUUCGAUCUCAAGCGUUUGGAAUCAUAUGCCAAUAACAUGCUGGACUAUCAUGUUAUCCUCGACCUCCUGCCGACUGUCGCCUCCCUUUACUUCGAGAAGCGUUUAGGCAGCGAAGUAAAGCUGAGUGCGAUUCAAAGUUCUAUACUGAUUGCACUUGGGUCUCAGCGGAAAUCGGUCGAAGAUGUCGAAACAGAACUUCAACUACCCGUCUCUCAAAUAUUAGCGCUAUUUGCUAAAAUCGUCCGAAAGGCUAGCAAUAAACUGAUCGACAUUCAGAAAGCUGCCAUUAGCGCUGAUUUCCCCCCUCCCGCGUCGGACUCAUCUAGUUUGAGAGUCCAACGUGAUGACGGUGAAGAGGGCAAAUCGGCAUGGAAGCCGGCCCAAACUCGUGUCGAAGAAGAGUUGAACGAGGCCGGCGACGAGGCCGCCACAGCAUUGCGGGAGAAGCAGAGGGAGAUCAUCGAUUCGCUGGAUCUCAGCAAGUUUGCUAUCAAUGAUACGUCUAUGGAUUGGAGCCUUGCAGAGUCGCAAGUGACAAAAAGUGGCAAGUCAACUGUUGUGAGCGUGAAAGCAUCAAUUGCACCCCAAAAACGUAAAGCUGAAGAUGGGGACGGCAAAGAGAAGGAGAAGAAGCCCACCAGGAGGGGAAAGAAGGUGAAGCGUUGA